CUUCCAAAGUGGAAGGGGCCAUUUUUUGCAUCAUGUGUAUUUGGGGUCUUAAUAGAUCCUUUAUUCUUUUAUAUUCCUAUUGUCAACAAAGAUACGCAGUGCAUUGGAUUGGACAAAAGUUUGAAGGGAGCGGUUAUUUCACUACGAUCGACAAUGGAUCUAUUUUAUGUAGUGAACAUUGUUAUUCAAAUUUAUAUCGAACCUAAAGUUCCAACAUUUAGGGUCAUGGGGAGAUCAUAUCUUCAUACCAUAGUUUUGACAAAAGGAACCAUAUUAGUUGAAGAUGCUUUGGCAUUGGCUAACAGGAUUUGGAGGAUCUCAUCACACAUCUUAAUUGACCUUUUAGCUGUUCUCCCCAUUCCACAGGCAGUGAUCCUUAUCUUCAUGGACUCUAGUUCUUUGAAUACGAUGAAGUUUUUGGCUUUUCUUGCUCUGUUGCAAUAUGUACCACGAGUUCUUCGCAUCUACUUAUUGUGUACAAAACUCAACAAGACUCCUGCUAGAGAGACUAAGAUAUGGAUUUUAUUUAAAGGCGCAUUCAGUUUCUUUUUGUACAUCCUUGCUAGUCAUGCAUUUGGAGCUUUUUGGUACUUUUUAGCUAUCCAGCGGGAGACGGCUUGCUGGCAAAAUGCAUGUCGAAACAACAAUGGAUGUGAACCUACUACCUUUUACUGCAAUGGUCGUACAAUCAGAAACAUCACAUUUCUAGACGACUUAUGCUCUAUAAAUCCACACAAUGCUAAUGCAACACCCUUCGAUUUUGGUAUGUUUGUUGAGGCUGUUCAGUCUGGUGUGUUGGAGUCAACAAAUUUACCAAAAAAAUUCUUUCAUUGUUUCUGGUGGGGCUUGCGAAAUCUAAGUUCUCUCGGGCAAAACCUCCAGACGAGUAACUAUACAUGGGAAAACAUCUUUGCCAUUUUUAUUUCUCUAAGUGGCUUGCUCCUGGUUCUACUAUACCUCACUACAAAUUUGAAGGUUGGUGCUAAGUCUAAAUAUAAUUUUAUCUUCCCUUUUAAGCUUAAAGCUCCUCAAAAUGAAAACCCAUCUCCAAUUGUAUAUCACAGCCAUAAAAUAUGUAUGGAGUUGGUAACUAGAACAUCAGCCAAGAUGAGAAUUAUACGGCAGUUGAAAAUGAAAGACCUAGAGGUACAAUUCUGGUUAUCUGAAAAUGACAUCCCUAAGAAUAUGAAGGCGCCGAUCAUGCAAAAGGUGCACAAACAACUUGAACAAAACAAAGAUGUUCAUGUGGAGAAUAUCCUCUCUAUUCUUCCCUUGGAACAAAAGAGAUUUAUUAAGCGACAUCUCUGCUGGCCUACAAUGAAGAAAGUGCCAAUGCUUCGAGUUAUGGACGAUCAAGUGUUGAAAGAAAUCUUUGACAAUCUUAAGCCAAUGAGCUAUACAGAAGACAACUAUAUAAUUGGAGAGGGUGAACCACUUGUUAAAAUGCUCUUCAUCACUCAAGGCAUUGUGUUGACCUACACAACUAAUAAUGGUGCUGGAACAAGUAGUGGAGGUUCUUCAACCACCAAGUGUCUUGCCAAAGGUGAUUUCUGUGGAGAAGAACUUCUAACCUGGGCAUCAACAUUCUCCCCGCUUUCAGACUUACCCUUCUCCGCAACAUUUGUCAAGUCCCUCACAAAAGUUGAAGCAUUUGCGCUCAUGGCCAAUGACUUGCAGAUUAUAGCGUCUAAAUUCUGGAGGCAUUUUAGCACGGAUGCUCGGAUGCCGGUACAUCUCUCUGUAAAUCUUAUACAAACUAAAUGGCUUCGCAAAAAUAGAAAGAGGGCUAUGAACCGAACCCUCUCAUCUCCAUUGAAGAAGGCUGACUAAUCGGGGUUUGAACUCGAGUGUAACGACAUAUGCAAAUUUGUAUUACUUAAUUGAUGUAUUUCAUUAUUAUUAUUUUUAGACUUGGAUUAAAAAAAAAAUUGAUUGUAUUAGAGAGUACGGAAAUUAUUAUGAGUUAUAUAUGUAUGAGAGUACAACUCAUGUAACGCGACAGU